GCCAUGUUUCCGUCCGAGGACAACAUCAGCGCGGUGUUCCUCUCUGGGAGCUGCCCCAACUGCAGCUCGGCGUCCUCGGAGAUAGACCCGACCAAAGCCGUGGUCUUGGGGCUGGUCCUGGGCGUGUUCGUGUUGUUUGGAGUCAUGGGGAACAUCCUGGUCAUUCUGUCCGUGGCGUGUCACCGCCACCUCCGCUCCGUGGCCCAUUAUUUCAUCGCCAACCUGGCCGUGGCGGACCUGCUCCUCAGCUCCGCCGUGCUGCCCUUCUCCGCCGCCUCGGAGCUGCUGGGGCGCUGGGUGUUCGGCCGCUGGCUGUGCAGUGCCUGGGCUGCCCUGGACGUCCUCUGCUGUACCGCCUCGAUACUCAGCCUGUGCGUCAUCUCCGUGGACCGUUACGUGGCCGUCAGCUACCCGCUGCGCUACCCGUCCUUGGCCACCGGGAGGCGCGGGCUGGCGGCCGUGGCGGUGCUCUGGGGCCUGUCGGCCGCUAUUUCGGUGGGGCCGCUGUUCGGGUGGAGGGAGCCCAUGCCUGAGGACGAGGCGGUCUGCCGGGUGAACGAAGACCCGGGCUACGCCCUCUUCUCCGCCGUGGGCUCCUUCUACCUGCCGCUGGGCGUCAUUCUGGCCAUGUACUGUCGCGUCUAUGUCGUAGCGCGCAGCAAGACACGCGGCCUGAGCGAGGGUCGGAAUCCGGGCGGGGGAGGAUCGGAGGGCGUGGCCCUGCGGAUUCACCGCGGACACGCUCCGCGCUCCCUGGAGGAGGAGGAGGAACGGCGGGAGGCCGGCAAACACAGGGAGGACAGGACGAGAAGAGGGAGGUGCUCAGACUUCAGCCCGAUGCGUCUGCUUAAGUUCUCGCGUGAGAAGAAAGCAGCCAAGACCUUGGGAAUUGUGGUGGGCUGCUUUGUGCUCUGCUGGCUCCCAUUCUUCCUAGUCCUGCCCAUAAGCUCCAUACUCCCAUCCCACAGACCUUCAGAUACCGUCUUUAAGAUCACCUUCUGGCUAGGCUACUUCAACAGCUGCCUCAAUCCAAUCAUCUACCCCUGCUUCAGCCAGGAGUUUAAGAAGGCUUUCCAGAACGUUCUUCACGGGCGUUGCCUGCGCCGGGCGUCGAGGCACAUGACUCCACGGAGCCCCGGCGCUGGUUCCCUGAGCUUGGCCAACCCUCAGUCUCCCCAGUUCUCUUUUGCUCUGUCUCGCAACUCCGCCACGCUGUCCGUUUCCCCUUCAUCUCCGGGCUGCUGGAGAACCUUCACAGACUCAGACGGUGCGACGAAGCCUGGCCACACCCAGGCAGCGAAGAACCACAGUAAGAGCCUCCUGAAGGCGUGCUGUUUCACAACCAGCCGGGACACACCCGCUCACCCGGACACACCUGUAAACCCUUCACCUGCCAUACGCCCGCCUCAGACCAGAGUUCUCCGUGCCUCCCUGGAGGACACUGGAGGAGAGCCUGUGUGA